CGUGCGGGGGCCCUGGGCGGCUGCGUGCCCUGCCGCUCGGGUCCUGCGGGAGCAGCGCGUGGGGCAGAUUCUUGCGUAGCUCUGCACGUUUAAAAGGCUGGAGACCUCCAGUUCUUUCCCUUUUCCUCUCUUAAUUAUCGCGGUCUUAAAACACGGGAAACAACAGCACGUACGGUAGGAGACGUUACUCGAGGGGAAGAAGCGAGCGAUUAUUCCAGUGGUGAACCCGUGGCAGCUUUGAGUAGUUUGAGUUCACAGCUGUAAAUGUAUUUCUUAAUGUUCUCUCUUCAGUCCUUAUUUCAACUGGUCUCGGUGAAUGCUAGCUCUUUUUUGUAACGAGGGAUUUGCUUCAGUGUUAAAUAGGUAAAGUGGCUUUAAUUUUCUUGAGGUGCACGUGAGUGGUUUUUAGGAAGCUCAUAGCAAAUUGCGGUAGGUCAGGAAGGACGUGGGAUGUUCCACGCACAGGACGUAGUUUCAGUUGUCUGUUUAUCUCCCUCCUAAACUCAGAGGCCAGCACUGCACAUUCCAGAGGGGGAGGAAGACAAGAAGGGACUCUUCUCAACCCCGAGUUCCUCUGGCUGGUCUUCCAGAACAUUUGAGGUGCUGCAGUACAGGUUCCAGGUGCGGGCAUGCUGGAGGUUCAGGCGUCCUCUGUCAAGGAAUGCUCUGACCACUGACUGACUGCUGAUAGUGACAUUGAAGACACAGAGCUGGUGAGCAGAGAAAAGAGGAGGGCUUGGUCACAGAGCACCGCUAAAGAAAUGAGCCGUCAGACUGCUACAGCACUACCUACAGGUACUUCAAAGUGUACGCCAUCUCAGAGAGUGCCUGCGCUGACUGGCACUACAGCUUCCAAUAAUGACUUGGCUAGUCUCUUUGAGUGUCCUGUCUGUUUUGACUAUGUGCUGCCACCAAUUCUUCAGUGUCAGAGUGGCCACCUUGUUUGUAGCAACUGUCGCCCCAAACUUACGUGCUGUCCAACUUGCCGAGGCCCGCUGGGCUCCAUUCGUAACCUGGCUAUGGAGAAAGUUGCCAAUUCUGUACUAUUCCCGUGUAAAUAUGCCUCUUCUGGAUGUGAGAUAACUCUGCCACACACAGAAAAAGCAGACCAUGAGGAGCUAUGUGAGUUUAGGCCUUAUUCCUGUCCAUGUCCUGGUGCUUCAUGUAAAUGGCAAGGUUCUCUGGAUGCUGUAAUGCCACAUCUGAUGCAUCAACAUAAGUCAAUUACAACACUUCAGGGAGAAGAUAUAGUGUUCCUUGCUACAGACAUUAAUCUUCCUGGUGCUGUUGACUGGGUUAUGAUGCAGUCUUGUUUUGGCUUUCAUUUCAUGUUAGUAUUGGAGAAACAGGAAAAAUAUGAUGGUCACCAGCAGUUCUUUGCGAUUGUACAGCUGAUAGGAACACGCAAGCAAGCAGAAAACUUUGCUUAUCGACUUGAGUUAAACGGUCAUAGGCGGCGACUGACUUGGGAAGCAACUCCUCGAUCUAUCCAUGAGGGAAUUGCAACAGCCAUUAUGAAUAGUGACUGUCUAGUCUUUGACACCAGCAUUGCACAGCUCUUUGCAGAAAAUGGCAAUUUAGGCAUCAACGUAACUAUAUCGAUGUGUUGAAAUGGCAAUCAAACCUCUUCAGGCCAGUGUUUAAAACCAUUGCAUUUAAUUUAGCAGAAAUUAGGGUAACCAUCGUUGACUGUCAGACAAAUUAUUUGGUAGAUGGAGGAUAGACAUAUAUGAAGGUAAAUAAAAGGAAAGGCUGUUAAAUUA